AUGAAGCCGUCCUCGGCCCUUGCCCUCGGCGCCCUCGCCACCGGCGUCUCCGGGGCCCCCUCCCACGACACGUCCGGGGCCCGCCUCUCCCCGCGGCAGACCGUCCAGAACGCCUGGGGCGGCGCCGUGCAGGAAGGCCAGGGCUGGUACUACGUCACGGGCACCGUCACGAUCCCGCAGGUCGGCGGGCAGUCGGCCUCGGCCGCGGCGUCUGCCUGGGUGGGCAUCGACGGAUGGAGCUGCCAAAACGCCAUCCUGCAGACGGGCGUCAACUUCUACGGCGACGGCUCGCUCGCGACGUGGUACGAGUGGUGGCCCGACGCCAGCGCCUACUACGACACGCGCAUCGACCUCGCCGCGGGCGACCGCCUCCGCAUGAGCGUCUACGCCUCGUCGUCGACCUCGGGCAACGUCACCAUCGAGAACCUCUCCAACGGCCAGUCGCAGUCGCACGUCUUCCAGGGCGAGGGCCGCACGCUCUGCGCCUCCGACGCCGAGUGGGUGGUCGAGGACUUUGGCAGCGACUACAACGGCAACCACGUCCCAUUUGUCAACUUUGGCUCCGUCGAGUUCACCGACGCUGUCGCCACGGGCCCUAACGGCAACGUCACCCCCCAGGGUGCCAACAUUGUCAACGUCGAGAUUGAUGGCGUCUACCACACCGACUGUGGCUCCAACGCCAAUGGCGUUCUCUGCAAGUAUGUCUGA